AUGUUAGUAUCUGGUAGUGUUAGUCAACAUAUCUUGCCUCGUAUUCAUCAGAUGUCUCAACUUACAGUAGUCUUCAUCCUUUGUGAAAAUAAAUCAAAAUAUGAAUCAUUAGAAAAAACUUGGCGUAAAGUUCGAGGUAUUUUUACAGAUAUCAUCAUUCUAUGUAAAUCAUUACAACAAGUGGUAUAUCAAUAUGAAGAAGAUUCCAUAGGUAUCAGUUUGUUUUCGCCAAAUGAUAUAUCUGAUAAAAGUUUAGAUCAACUUGAUCAAUCAUUUAUGUAUACACAAUUAAUUAAAGAAAUUCUUCUUGAACUUGAAUACAAUAAUCAAAGUGUUUAUGAUUUAGUUACUUAUUGUCGUGAUAGAUAUUCUAAUAAUCCAAAAGAAUUGGAAAACAUUCAACAGUUUCAGCAAGGAUAUAGUGAUAAGUCACCCAUAUGGUGGUAUACUUGUGAUAGUUUCAUUUAUCAUAUGCUUAAUUGGGCUCUUCGUGAACAAGAGUUUGAUGUUAUCAUAAGAAUGGCAUUUUUUAUUUGUGAUCUACAUCGACACAUUGAACAAGUUCAUUCGGAACAAUUUAACGAGUAUCAAAAAGAAUUUAUCGUCUACCGUGGUCAAGGUAUGACGCCGGAACAGUUCGAAAAGUUAAAAAAAUCAAAAGGUGGAUUAAUAUCGUUCAAUAAUUUCUUAUCAACAAGCAAAGACAAUAAAAUUGCUUUACAGUUUGCUGAAAGAGCCUUAAGUAAUUCCAUGUCAGUCGGUAUUCUUUUCAUCAUCAAUGUAAAUUCAUCGGUCUUAUCAACUCCUUUUGCCAGCAUCAAUAAUAUCAGCUAUUUUAGAAAGGAAAACGAAAUUUUAUUCUCGAUGCUGACUAUUUUUCGUAUUGGUAAUAUAAAACCAAGCGGUACUAAUAGUAGACUCUGGCACAUUCAUCUUACACUAACAA